UGCGCGUAACCGCGUGCGCGACGCCUCAAGUAUUCAGCAUAGGCUGCGCGCAUUCGAGCGCAGGUCAAAUCUGAGCUCUGAGCUAUUGUUUAUCUGACGCUGACAUUGACACUUAACGGACACAAAAAGACGGAAAUAAAGCAAUAACAAAAUGUGGAAAUCUGUAGUGGGGCAUGAUGUUACUGUGGAGACUGAAUCACAAGGGGACGACUGGGAAACAGAUCCAAAUUUUGAGAAUGAUGUCUCAGAACAAGAACAGAGAUGGGGUGCCAAAACCAUAGAAGGUUCAGGCCGAAAAGAACACAUCAGCAUUGCAGAUCUCAGGCAGAAUGUGUCUCGGGAACAUGAGGUGGUUAAGAAGAAGGAGUUGGACCAGGGUCCUAAAGCUUCUUACGGCUAUGGAGGGAAAUUUGGAGUUGAGAAAGACAGAAUGGACAAGGGUGCUUUAGGACACAGCUAUGUGGCAGAGGUGGAACAGCACUCAUCCCAGACAGAUGCAGCAAAGGGUUUUGGUGGGAAAUUUGGUGUACAGAAGGACAGAGUGGACAAGUCUGCCAUGAGCUAUGAAUACAAGGCUCAGGUACAGCAGCAUGCAUCUCAGAAAGAUUACGCUCAGGGUUUUGGGGGAAAGUAUGGUGUGCAGAAAGAGCGAGUUGACAAGGCUGCGAUGGGAUACGACUACAAAGGCGAGACUGAGAAACACCAGUCGCAGAAAGACUACGCAAAAGGCUUUGGGGGGAAAUAUGGAGUGGAAAAAGAAAAGGUUGACAAGGCUGCAAUGGGUUAUGACUACAAGGGAGAAACGGAGAAACAUCAGUCACAGAAAGACUACGCGAAAGGCUUCGGGGGGAAAUAUGGUGUGGAAAAAGAGAAGGUUGACAAGGCUGCUUUGGGUUAUGAUUACAAAGGUGAAACUGAGAAACAUCAGUCACAGAAAGACUAUGCAAAAGGCUUUGGGGGGAAAUAUGGUGUGGAAAAAGAAAAGGUUGACAAGGCUGCAUUGGGUUACGACUACAAGGGAGAAACAGAGAAACAUCAGUCACAGAAAGACUAUGCAAAAGGUUUUGGAGGACGUUAUGGAGUCCAGGAGGAUCGUAUGGAUAAGAAUGCAUCUUCAUUCAAUAAGAUGGAGUCACCAUCAUCAUCUUAUGAAAAGCCUCAAGCAUUCGAGGGCUCAAGUGUAGGAGCUGGAAACCUUAAAGCUUGCUUUGAGAACAUGGCGAAGGCCUCAGAUGAGGACAACAAGAAGAAAGCAGAGGAGGAGAGAACCAGAAGACUCGCUAGAGAGAAAAGAGAACGAGAAGAGGCACGACGCAAACAGGAGGAGCAAAGCCAGCAUGUGGAGGAAGAGAAACAGAGUCCUCCCCCUGUGCCAGUAUCCCAGAAACCCCAACAAGAGUUCAGGAAACUGCCGGAAAUUCCCAGAGAAGAGAUUGAACCUGACGUUGAGGAGGAGAAUCAGCCUGAAAAUGAGGAACCACCAUCUCUGCCACCACGACCAUCUGAUUUGCUGGAAGACGAAACCUAUGCUGAAUGUGAACCUCCUCCUGUUCCUCAGGAGGAAGAUUAUGAGGAUGUUGGCUCAUACUCCGCCCAAGCUGGGGAAAAUGAUUAUGAAGAUUUAGGUGGGGGAGGAACAACAGCCAGGGCCAUUUAUGACUACCAAGGAGAGGACAGUGACGAGAUCUCCUUUAUGCCAGAUGACAUCAUCACUAACAUUGAGAUGGUGGACGAGGGUUGGUGGAAAGGAAUGUGUAAUGGCCGCACAGGCCUGUUUCCUGCAAGCUUUGUGGAGCUUUUGUAGUUGCUAAAUAUCAGUGGUCGAAAAGAAUGUUUAUUAGCCACUUACAGAUAAUUUAUUGCAUUUAUCUGACAAACAAGUGCAAUAUACUGAAUUGUACAGAGAGAGAGAAUUCAUUUUUGGUUAUUUUAAUGAACCUGCAUCUUUCAAGUUUUUCCAUAAGGCACUUGGUUAGCAACCAAAAUAUUCACUUCAACACGUCCCUAACCAAGCAAGCCGAAAUAUUGUAUACAUAUAUACUUGUCCAAAACAAUCCAAAAAUCCCCAAUAAUGAAUAUAAAUGAUUAUAAAGUUUGAAAGAACAGCUGAACAUUUGGAUUAGAAAUCUUUUUGUAACAUUAAGAUUUCUUGACAUAGUUUUGAUUUAUAUUUGGUCAAUUGAAUGCAUCUUUGCUAAAUAAAAGUAUUAAUUUAUGUAACAUAACAGAACAGAAAUGACUGACUUCAGCCUCUUGAACAGUAGUGUGUGUAGUAAUGUAACAUUAAAAAAUUACUCCUAACUGUUUUAAAUAAUUUCAAGUUGUACGGUAUAAAACUUUUUUUAAAAGUGUAAAAAUUCCCAUAUGAUAUUUUAAAUAAUAGUUUAUCAUAAAUAAUAGAUUGAGAAUCAUUGCUAAAUUACAAAAUGUCAUAUUACCACUAUUAUAAAAGUGUAUAUGAGGACUAAAAGUAUUUACAAAUGUUUGCCAUGAUGCCAUGCAGAAAUACACUGUUUUAUACUCCAGGAUUUCUAUGGCUUAUGCUUCAUUAACUCAAUGUUAUGCAUUUGUGUUGAUCACAAAAUAAAAAAACAAAACAUGU